AUACUUUUAAAAAACAUGUGAAUACUUUGGCAAUUAUGAAAAAUCAAAACAAUGAGAAGUGGUUAAUAUUGAAGAAGAAAUAUAUGCCGGUUCAAGACAAUACCGAUGUAUGUGAAAAUAAAGUAUCAGAACCACUAUCUAAUGUUACGCCUACCGAAGACGCCAAAGAGUCCACUUUUUCAGAAUCAGCAACAAAUCAACCUCUACCACCACUUCAAUUUAAUCAAGAUUUCAAUAUUUUAACAAACAUAACUCAAGAUAACAAUUUGACUGACCAAAAUAGCCCUGAAACAACAAAAAGUGACUCCAAAGAUAGUUUGUUUGCAUCAACUGAAGAUAUUCCUCCUAAAGUUUAUCCACGAAGAAAAGCAAGUGAAAAAUCAGAGAAACGACCCAGCUUGAUGGCAGAUAGUGGGUCUCGGAACUCAAUUCCGAACCAUGAUGUAUCAGAGCUAAAUGAUACCCCAUCUACAUCACUGUCCUCUUCAAGAAGUGAAAGUAUGUUGGUGGAUAAUGAACAAAAAAUAUCCGUAAAGGAAAGGAAGCAAAUGUUCAACAGAAUGGCUUCGGAGAGUGAUGUACCUAAGCAUAAAAUAGGAUUCAAUAAUUCGAGUUUGGAUGAAGGGGACAAAGUAUCUUUGGAUCAUAAGAACGAAACUGACCCUCUGGACUCGAAACAGAAACAGUGGAUUCUAUGCGCUGCUCGUGGAGAGUAUCAUUCCCUUGCAAAGAUGUGUAAAGAUAACCCAAAGCUCGUCAGAACCAAGGAUCCUUUCACGGGCUAUACUGCAAUGCACUGGGCCUGCAAGCGAGGUGAUGAAAAUUUAGUAAAACUGCUAGCCGGUGUCGCUCGUCAAGUCAUCAAUGAACGUUCCAAUGGGGGAUACACUCCUCUCCAUAUCGCAAUUCAGUUCCGCAACGAAAACGUUUACAAUCUUCUGGUAGAUGUUUACGAUGCCGAUCCAAAUGUAAGGGACUGGUCUGGUAGGAAACCUAGGCAGUAUUUAGUUCGUAUGGACACUUCUCUUUCGCCUGGCUCUUAUCGAAAAAAAGAAGGAUUUUUACGUAUUGGAUCUCUGAAUGUACGAGUAAAGAAGACAACAGAGGCAUUCAGUAAUUUCCUUGGUGUUGGAGCGACGCGGUCUUCUGCAUAUGUUCCUAAAUCAAUAAGAGAAAGAGAUUUGGACCGACGUUCUGAUGAUGGUGAACAACUACACAAAACUUGGGGCUCAGCUGACAAUAUACCGAAGAAUGAUAAGCAAAUGCCACCACCGAUGAGUAACAAGGUACGUCGGAGAGGAGCAAGUGGCCGUCGUAACGUAGGCUCUCACAGCAGGAGCACACCUUCAACUCCUGAUCAGCCUCGUGCUCAAAUUGGUGUAAGCGAAGAAAGAGAUUCGGAUUCAGAUAGCGCUGCUGGUUUCCAUUCAGCUUGGAAACAACAACGUGCCUCGCAUUGUACAUAAUUACAUUAAAAAAAGCAACGAACAACUGUACUUAAACAAUAAUAAGUAUUACAAGU